UGAGCAGAACUGUAGAAGGCCCUCCAUAUUGAUAUUAUUAGCAUGGAAGAGGUGAAGCUCCUUGGAGCCUUUCCUAGCCCAUACAGUUACAGAGUAAUAUGGGCUCUGAAACUGAAGGGUGUGCAGUAUGAAUACGUAGAAGAGGAUGUCUUCAACAAGAGUCCUUCGCUCUUACAGUACAACCCAGUCCACAAGAAGAUCCCAGUUCUUGUUCACCAUGGAAAACCCCUUGCAGAGUCCAUGGUCAUCGUCGAAUACAUUGAGCAGACCUGGCCGGGUCAUCCAUUGCUGCCAGAAGAUCCUUAUGAGAGAGCCAUGGCUCGGUUUUGGACUAAAUUUGGAGAAGAUAAGGGACCCAUAUUCCGUGCAUUCCUUCAGGCGGUUGGGGAAGAACAUGAGAAAGCUGUGGAAGAGGCUCUGCAAGUGUUGAGAACCAUUGAAGAGCACGGCCUAGGAGAGAAGAAAUUCUUUGGUGGAGACAGCAUUGGAUUAGCAGAUAUAGGAUUUGGAUGGAUUGCACAUUGGCUGGAAGUAAUGGAAGAGGCGAUAGGAGUGAAGUUGGUAGAAGCCCAGAGCUUCCCUCGCCUGUGUUCAUGGAAGGAGAACUUUAAGCAAGUUCCUGCCAUCAAAGAGAACCUUCCUGAUCGUGACAAAAUGUUGGCGUUUUUCAGACGUCGAAGGCAGAUGUUUGUUGAUCAAUCUUCAUAAGGUUUUUAUCAGGUCUUGGAGCUUGUGUGUUAUUUGUUUUUAAUUUUCUGAAUAAAAGAACCGUGUCGUGUUGUAUUCAUUCACCAAGGAGGAGUCCGGAUCACCUGCCCACGCCUACCC